AUGAGCGGCGGCGCUGCCAGCGCCAGCGCGAGUGGGAGCUUCGAGCAGCACACGAAGCGGCGUCUCCCGGCGCCGGGUCCGCCCCAGCAGCCGCCGCAGCGGAAGCUGCUGACGCUGUCGGUGCAGGACGACGACGUUGCCGCGGGCGUGGUCCCGCCGGUCACCGUGGCCCUGGACGGGCGCUGCAUCUGCCACCGCGUCCACCUCAACCGACACACGGGGUACCGCAGCCUCGCGGGCACGCUCCGCCGCAUGUUCGUCGACGCCGACGCCGACGACCACGACCGCCAGCGCGGCGGCGAGGACGACAACGACCUCGACCUCGCCAAUGCCGUCCCGGGCCACGUCGUCGCGUACGAGGAUCUGGAGGACGACCUCCUCCUCGCCGGGGAUCUCAAGUGGAAGUAA